AAAAGGGUGUGGUGGUGGGCUAUCUUUUCCUUUCCAUACAAGGACAAAUUUUUUGAUAAACGUGAUAGAGAGAGGCAUCAAAGACAAACCAUAGAAAAAGAGAGAGAGAAGGUUAGAGAGGUUUUUUUGUAAACUUACAAACACAACAUUUUGUUGAUUUAAUUUACACACUUAAGUGCAAAAGAAUUGAAUUGAAUUCAAAGUAGUAAAGUAGAGAGAGUAUAGUACUCUUUUCACACAAACAUGUUUGAUGGAGUUCCAGACCAAUUCCACCAAUUCAUAACUCCAAGAACAUCUUCAUCAUCAUUACCACUUCAUUUACCUUUCCCUCUUUCAACACCAAAUAAUAACACUUUUCCUACUUUUGAUCCUUAUAAUCAACAAUUACCACUCCAAGUUCAACCUAAUAAUCUUUUGCACCCAUUACACCAUCAUAAAAAUGAUGAACACAAGCAACAAAACAAUACUACUUCUACUCCUUCAAUGAAUAACUUCCAAAUUGAUGAAAGAGAUCAAAGACAAAUACUACCUCAACUUAUUGAUCCUUGGACUAAUGAUGAAGUUCUUGCUCUUUUGAAGAUCAGAUCCAGCAUGGAAAAUUGGUUCCCAGAUUUCACUUGGGAACAUGUCUCAAGGAAGCUAGAAGAAGUUGGUUAUAAACGUAGUGCAGAAAAAUGUAAGGAGAAAUUUGAAGAAGAAAGUAGAUUCUUCAACAACAUUAAUAAUAAUCAGAAUCAGAAUCAAAAUCAAAAUCCGAAUAAUUUCGGUAAGAAUUUCCGGUUUGUUACGGAGCUUGAAGAGCUUUAUCAAGGUGGUGGUGAGAAUAAUAGUAAUCAAGUUGGGACUCAGAAGCCAAACAACGUACAAGACAAAAUGGAUCGUGGUGAGGAUUCAAGAAACGACGAUGUUUUAGUGACGAAGAAAAGCGAAGAUGAGGUGUUUGAUAAAAGUACUACAAAUGAAGAGAGGAAGAGGAAGAGAGGUGAUAAUAGAUUUGAAGUGUUUAAGGGUUUUUGUGAGAGUGUUGUGAAGAAAAUGAUGGAUCAACAAGAGGAAAUGCAUAAUAAGCUUAUUGAAGAUAUGAUUAAAAGAGAUGAAGAGAAGUUUAGUAGAGAAGAAGCUUGGAAGAAACAAGAGAUGGAGAAGAUGAACAAAGAGCUUGAAUUGAUGGCACAAGAACAAGCUAUUGCUGGUGAUAGACAAGCCAAUAUAAUUCAAUUCUUGAACAAAUUCACAACAAGUACUAAUUCUUCUACUUCUCUAGCUUUAAUUGCAUCUUCAAUUCAAACCUUUGGAAUUGGAAAACAAGACAAAUCUAAGGUAACAUCUAAUUCUUCUACAUUGCACUCACAAAACCCUAAUCUUGAAAAUCAUGACAAAACUCUUCAACCAAACCCUGAAAACCCUAACUCAGGCAAUCCUUCUUCUACUACUAUUAUUACUACUACUACUACUACUACUGCUUUGGCGAUUACGCCACACAAGAACAACGCUAUUUCUUCGUAUAGCGGUGAGAAAGAGGAUAUAGGGAGAAGAUGGCCAAAAGAUGAAGUAUUGGCAUUGAUAAACUUGAGGUGCAAUACCAACAAUGAAGAAAAGGAAGGAAACAACAUCAACAACAAAGCACCACUUUGGGAGAGAAUAUCACAAGGAAUGUUGGAAUUAGGAUACAAGAGAAGUGCAAAGAGAUGCAAAGAGAAAUGGGAAAAUAUAAACAAGUACUUUAGAAAAACAAAAGAUGCUAAUAGGAAAAGAUCACUUGAUUCAAGAACUUGUCCUUAUUUUCAUCUAUUGAGUAAUCUUUAUAACCAAGGUAAACUUGUUCUUCAAUCUGAUCAAAAGCAAGAAACCAAUAAUAAUAACAUGAAUGUGGCAGAAGAAAAUGUUCAAGAACAAACUCCUCCACAAGAUGAAAAACAAGGUGGUGAGUGUUCUCAAGUGGGGCCUGCAUUUGCUGGUGAUUUUACUAUGUAAGCAGGUUCAUCAUGGAGGUGAGAAAACUUUUGUGCAUGUACUUUCUUUGGAUUUUGAUGAUCAGUUUUCAUUUUCAUUGAUUUGUAGAUUUUCAAUGACAUAUAAUAAGUCCAACUUCAUUUAUAUUUUUUCUUGCAUCAA